CUGCAGGUUUUAACGGGAGAUAUCCCUUGGUGUGACGUACCAAAAGAGACCAUAGUCUUGCGGAAGGUGAUUGAAAGGGAAAUACAUCCUCGUCCGGAUAAAUAUUUUGUCACUGGCCAGCAAUGGGAUUUCAUGACCCGUUGCUGGUCUACUACACCCAUCGAUCGUCCUCCUGCUGAGGAAGCAGUUCAAUUUGUGGAUAGCGCUUUGUGCACGAACACGAUUUCCCAGACCCCGAGUUUGUCAAUCUCUAUCGCCGCUUCUCCAUUAAUUCUGACAGACUAUACUUCCUCGAGCACGAGUCUGCAGGCCCCCACCUCGUCGAUCUCUAGCGACGAGCAACACCCGGGUAGAGCCCGUAAUGAUUAUCUUCGGGGGGACACUGAUGCUCGACUUCCCGUGAUGCAGGACAUUGAUUCACCAUUGGACGCUCGGGAAAAUUAUCCUGGGGUUAUGCUGCCUGCGUAUCCUUCCACUACUUAUACGAUGAGCUUUGAUCCAUCAUGGACGCAAUCAAUCCUGCCUCGACCGCACACCAGCGACUUCUCUGCAACGUACCAUGCAUACUUCCCGGACGAAGACGAGAAUAACGUCGUCAUUCCCUCUGGAUAUCUCUUGCCCCAGCCGGUUAACACCAUCCAACACAACUGGUUUAACCUGAACAUGCAACAAAACGCAUCAUUGCAACACUAUAUGCACCAUGUUCUGCGUAUCCAAUAUUUGCAUGCCGACGGAUCGAUUGAUAAACUCAUAUGGAAUCUGAUACAUUCCAGUGAUUCAGCCCGAGAGGCUGCAUGUUUGCUUGCGGAUUUGCACCGCAAGAGCACCCAAGGUGCAAUUGGUUUUACUGCGCCAACAGACCAUGAUGUGUACGCACGCAUACGAAGUGUACCAGUGAUACCAGUGACGGAAGGAGACGCUUUUGCAAGCCUUUGCAUGGUUUCUUAUUUCCUCUUCUCUAGGGGACAAGGGCAGUGGCAAGCGUUCCUCGACAGCGCUUGCAAAUUUUCGAUCAAAUUUCUCCAGCGGAAACAUCAUGCACCAGACUGGGCGCUGAGCUUAUGCACUGAUAGCAUGCGGUUUAUCAUCAAGACGUCCAUGUGGUUCGAUGUCCUCGCUUCUGCAACGCUGAUCCGUCGUCCCAAGUUCCUUGACGUGCUCCGUUCGCUCUAUGACCCCGCCGCUGCCGUUGAUGGUGGGAGACCGGAGCUUUCCAUGAUGGGGGUCAUGGGAUGCGAGAACCGCAUCGUCCUCGCCCUCGCUGAAAUCGCUGAUCUCGCAUGCUGGAAGGAUGAAUGCAGGCGUGCUGGAAGACUCAGCAUUCCUGAACUUAUCAGACGCGGGCAACAUAUCGAAGCCAUCCUCCAGACUACUAAUGAUCCUGACUACCUCCAGGGCUUUGAAUCGGAGAGGUUACGCCGACGGCGCCUCACAUCUGACGUAUUCCGCGCGUCCGCGCUUGUUUAUCUCCACUCCGUCAUCUCUGGGGAUCACCCACAAUGUCCAGAGAUCAUGAACAACAUUGCAGAAACAGUCAAGUGUCUGAGGCGUGCUGAAGACGUCAGCACAGCACGCCAUGUUGUGCGCAGCGUGGUGUUCAGCAUAUGCAUAUGUGGCUGCUUGACGGAUGUCCCUCAAUAUCGCGAGUACUUCCUGCGACGCCUGCACGAGCAGCAGACGGAGACAGUGGGGAACUGUACUCGGGUCGCUGCACUUAUGAGAGAAGUGUGGAGCAGGCGAGAGCGAGGGGAGCCCGUGGACUGGCGUGUUGUCAUGCAGCAGUCCCAGAUGCUUCUUGUGUAAAGGCUAUUCCACGACACAUGGGCUUUUACUUCCUGGCGCUUCGUUAUCUGCUAAAGUGUUCGGCACGCCCCUAGUGUCAGUAAUUUAUUUACGCCUGGUGAACAAAUCGCGUCUGCGCUUGCACGACUUCCGAAUGCUAUGCGU